AUGUGGACUCGUCUCAAGAGCAUCCGUUCAUUUUUAACGGGUCGUUCUGGUAAAAUCAAAGCCAUGUGUGUGGAAUCAUUUGAUUGGCCUUUGGUUGUUGUGUUCGGCGCCACUGGUGUCGGGAAGUCGAAACUUGGUGUACGACUGGCCGCCAAGUUCAACGGCGAAGUAAUUUCUGCGGAUUCUAUGCAAAUUUACAAGAACCUUGAUAUUUUGACGAACAAAAUAAAAGACGAGGAAGCAUGUGGAAUUCCGCAUCACUUGAUGAAUUUGCUGGAGCCAUGGGAAGAGUAUAAGGUUGGCGACUUCAAAUCGGAUGCCUUGGAAGUGAUCUCCAAGAUAGUAUCUAAAGGAAAGAUCCCGAUUGUCGUUGGUGGGACCAAUUACUACAUAGAAGCGUUGUUGUGGAAUGUUCUGAUUGAGCGAGAAGUACUCAACUCGGAAGUUGAAACGGCUCGGGCUAAUGUUGGUGUAAACUUGGAGGAAGAAUCGUUACUUCUUAUUCCUACGAAUGAGGCUUUUGCACUCCUGGAACGGGUGGAUCCCAUCUCGGCUGGUACACUUCAUCCCAACAACAGAAGGAAAAUUUUGCGAGCCUUACAGGUGUUAUGGCAAACUGGGAGAUGCUUGAGUUCAGUACAUGAGGAACAGCAUUCGCAUCCCGGUGGAUCAUCCCUCGGAGGUCCUCUCCGAUUUCCGAAUGCAAUUAUGUUUUGGCUUCAUGCUGAUCAAAACGUUUUGGACGAUCGAAUUGUGGAAAGAACUGGACAGAUGCUGUCCGAAGGACUCGUCGAAGAACUGCAAAAAUUUCAUGAUGGCUUUACGAAUGAAAUGUUGCGAACUGGAAAAAAGCUAGAUUAUACGCGAGGCAUUUAUCAAUCCAUUGGUCUGAGGAAUUUCCACGAAUUCCUCAUGAUCCCAAAAGAAAAUCGUGGAUCAAACAACAGUCAGUUAUUGUAUGCAAGAGCCGUAGAGGAUCUGAAAAUUUCUACGAAAAGAUACGCUCGGAAACAAAAAAAGUGGAUUCUUAAUCGGUUUUUACGGAAUCCGGAACGCCAGGCCAUGCGAUUAUUUGGCCUCGACGCCUCUAAUCUGGAUUUGUGGGACGUGAAUGUUGAGCGUCGGGCUUCGGAUAUUCUUUCCAUGGCAUUAAAAUCGGAACCUAUUCCUUACCCGGUAUUGAAAAUCGAAGAUAUCGCCUCAGGAAGCGAAAAAACGCGGCUUGAGCGUGUCCCUACGAAAACGAAGCGUGUUUGUGUUGAGUGCGAUCGCGUGUUUGUCGGUGACGUUGCGUGGACUGCACAUAUGAAAUCCAGAAAACACAUGAAAACGGCCAAUAAGCGUAAACGAAAAGCGGAAUCGCAGAUCGACGCUGAAGUGACCGAUAAGCGCGUUAGUGUUACCAUCUCCUGAGGAAUUCGUAAAACGGCGAUUGCGUUUCUGUAAUAUUUUUUUAUUCGUUCCUGUUCCCGUAAGAUUUAAUCGUUCGACUUCUCCAUGAUUCCAGAAAGCUGAGGACGCAAAAAUAGUGAGCGUCGCUUUUAGCUAUUUCCGGCGUUUCGAUCGAGACUUGGAAUUGUGCAUUGCCAGUAAGCUAUGGCAGAAUAUUUAGCAUCCAUUUUCGGAACUGAAAAGGAUAAGGUCAACUGUUCAUUUUACUUCAAAAUCGGAGCUUGUCGACAUGGGGAGCGGUGUUCAAGAAUCCACAAUAAGCCCACGUUCAGUCAGACUAUCUUGCUACAGAAUUUAUACGUGAACCCUCAAAAUUCGGCCAAGUCUGCAGAUGUUAUGUCGAAUAUUUCUGAAGAGGCGGUGCAGGAGCACUACGAUAAUUUCUUCGAGGAUGUGUUCGUCGAAUGCGAAGACAAGUAUGGUGAAAUUGAAGAGAUGAAUGUGUGCGACAAUUUGGGAGAUCAUCUCGUCGGAAACGUGUACAUCAAGUUCCGCCGGGAGGAAGACGCAGAAAAGGCAGUUAACGAACUGAACAAUCGCUGGUUUGGCGGACGGCCGAUUUACGCUGAGCUGAGUCCUGUUACGGAUUUCAGGGAAGCUUGUUGUCGACAGUAUGAAUUGGGCGAAUGUACCCGCGGAGGAUUUUGCAAUUUUAUGCACUUAAAGCCGAUCUCAAGAGAACUACGACGAGAAUUGUAUGGCAGACGUCGCAAAAGGAGCCGUUCAAAAUCAAAAGAUCGUCACAAGCGCUCCAAAUCUCGCGAACGGCACUCGAAUAAGGAAAGGAGGCGUUCUCGCGAGAGACGCUACUGAGGGAGUUGGAUUUUUCCAAGUUCAAAAUUUUCCAUUGCCGUUAUCUCGACUUGAUGUGAAUUUUGAUCAUCUGCCGUCGCUUUCGGAACGAGGGUCAACAGCUUUUUUUUUCCUCAGCUGAACUUGGUUAAACUGGUUGAUGUUUUGUUUCUGGACAAUUAAAUGCUUGUGUACUCAUGUAAAGAGUGGUAUUCGACGCCAGAGUGACGAUAGUCCGAGAAAUUUCUUUCUUUGUGUCCAUCGCUGAUCAUUGUGAAAUUUUUCAUGUCUAAAUUUUUUCUCUGUACCUCGCCGUUUGAACCGAGUAAAGACUUUUGGCUAUGCGAAGAAAAUUCGUUUGUUGUUCGUGUGUUCGUGUUUUUUUAUCCUUGAAAAUUUUGUCUUCUUGUGCUGACGGAAAGUUCCUUGCUCAAUUA